UCUAUUUUUCUUCCGCCUAUUCUCGUUAAGUAUCACCGCAGUUUUGAUGGCGGAUCUUUCCAUGGUACCCUCAAAGAUAUAGACAAGCGCUGGGGGUACGCCUCGCGAGCUAUAUCCGACUCCGAGCGAAUUUCGAUGUCUUCUCAGCAGAUCGCCGUUGUUGACUUUCCUCCAAUGCCGCGUUCUCGGAUCCCGCAGCAAACGCUCCAGGUUGAACUUCUAGCUCCUGCUAUGCCAAAAAAUGAGUCCCAUCCAGGGGAAUGAUGCCGCAGAACCGCUCAAUGCGGCAUGCGGAAAAGGGAGAAUCCGUAAAACAUCGAAGCAGUAUCUGUGUAGUACUUGUGAGAAGAUCCUAUCCACAUCCUACGCUCUGAAAGUUCAUCAAAGGAAGCAUACCGGCGAAACUCCUUACGUGUGCUCGCUCUGUACGAAAGGAUUCGCGAGCUCGACUGAUCUCAAACGACACAGCAGAAUACACACAGGGGAACGUCCUUUCAUAUGUCCCGAAAUCAACUGUCGAAAGUCGUUCACCACCGGCACGAUCCUCCAAGUUCACAAACGUACGCACUUUGGAGAAAAACCAUUCAGAUGCGAACAUCUGGACUGCGGGAAGACUUUCAGCAACGCAACAAACUUGAGGAACCACUCGCGGAUCCACACGGGCGAUCGACCCUUCAGAUGCCAGGUCGCCGAUUGUGAUAAGUCGUUCACGGAAUACUCCUCAUUGUACCGCCAUCUCGUCGUACACACUUCCGAGAGACCCUAUAAGUGCAACUCCUGCGGCAAGCUGUACAGACAAAGUUCGUCUCUCAGACAGCACCAGCGAUCUCAUGGUCCAGACGUUAGUUUGGUGAUCGAAACGAAUCACGACGUACAGCGACCUCCGUGA